UGUCGGAACGUCGCUCAGGCUCCGGUCUCUCGAGCUAAAACUACUCUGCGACUACGGAAAGUUGGGAAAAUGAAGCGGAUGGCGGUACUGGCCGUCUUCGCGGCUGUCUGUCUCGCUCUGGUAGCGGCGGACUAUAACACCGUGAAGAUCGCCGACAAGGACUUCCUUCUCAAGCAGAAGAAGAUCUACAACCUGCUAUACCAUGUCUCGCAACCAUCCCUCAUGAACCCCAGCCUGUACGAAGAAGGCCGGUCUUACGAUAUUGAGGCCAACAUCGAUUCUUACACUAACAACACCGCAGUGAAGAAUUUCCUCUAUAUGUACAAGUAUGGUAUGCUACCUCGCGACGAACUGUACUCCCCGUACUACCCGAAGCUCGUAAAAGAAACCAAGGCUCUGUUCCGUCUGUUCUACUAUGCCAAGGACUUCGACACCUUCUACAAAACUGCACUCUGGGCGCGUGUUUAUGUCAACCAGAUGCAAUUCUGCGAAGCGCUAUACACGGCCGUUACCCGUCGCGAAGACACCAAGUUCAUCCAGUUGCCGCAGCCCUAUGAGAUGUACCCAUACGCAUUCUUCAACUCCGAGGUACUCGAGAAGGCGCAUCAUGCGAAACUCUUCGGCAAGCUCGACUCGAGGAAGUUCGGCGACUACGAAACCUACAUCAUCCCGGCCAAUUAUUCCGGAUGGUACAUGUCGCGCGACUACGACGUCGAGCACAAGCUCAACUACUUCACCGAGGACAUCGGCUUGAACGCCUAUUACUUCUUCUUCCGAAAAGAAUAUCCGUUCUGGAUGAAGGGCGAGGAGUUCGGAUUGCAAGAGUACCGCGGCGAGGAGUUCCUGUACGCUCACAAACAGUUGUUGAUGCGUUAUGGCUUGGAGCGAUUGUCCAAUGACAUCGGACAUAAGGUCGAGGAUUUUGAUUGGUUCGGGCAAUUCUAUACCGGGUAUUACCCGACGAUGACCUACCACAACGGGCUGCCGUUGCCACAGAGAGGAUACUUCAGCAAGUUCCCUUACUACAAGUAUAAAUACAUAAAGCACAUGCACGAAAUAGAGAACCGAAUCGCCGGGGCCAUCGAUUCCGGAAUCAUCCUGGACGCAAGCGGCAAGAUGGUCAACAUCUACACUCCCGACGGCCUCAAUAUCCUCGGCAACAUCAUCGAGGGCAACAUGGACUCCUGCAAUCUUAACUUCUACGGCAGCAUGGACGCCCUUGCGAGAAAGAUCCUCGGCUACAACUUGGAGCCGUCUACGCCCUACCAAAUUAUUCCAAGCGCCCUCGAAAUGUACAGCACCUCCAUGAGGGAUCCCGCGUUCUACCGUAUUUACCAGAGAAUAUUUGAAUUCUACUACAACAGAUACAAGCUACAUCAGAAACCAUACAACAAGAACGAGGUUGUCUAUCCAGAACUGAAGAUCGAGUCAUUCGUCGUGGACAAACUGACCACCUUCUUCGAUCAAUUCGAUGCCACGAUCAGCAACGGUAUGGUGAUCGACGACGCGAAGGAGGCCGAGAGCAUGUUGAUUAAGGUUCGUCAGCAUCGUCUCAAUCACAAACCAUUCAGCUUCCACUUUGCUAUCCACGCCGACAAGGCCAUGAAAGCCGUCUUCCGCAUCUUCCUUGGCCCGAAAUACGAUAUUCACCACAAACCACUGGACUUUGCUGAGAAUGCCAAGUAUUUCUACGAGAUGGACAACUUUAUAGUCGACCUAAACGCCGGCACGAGCAAGAUUGUGCGCAACAGCCAAGAUUGCUUCUUCGUUAUGCGCGAAGAUCAGCCUAGCGAGGUGUUCUACAAGAAGGUGGUGCAGAGCUUGGAGGGCUCGGACUCUUUCUCCUACAUGGAACGACUCUCAGGUUUCCCCGAGAAUCUUUUGCUGCCUAAAGGCAAGAAGGAGGGUAUGCCCUUCCAGAUGUUCGUGUACGUGAGCCCGCUCGAGGAUGAACCCGUACUCUACAUGUCUCGUAUCUUCGGAAGCUACAAGUUCGACAAGAGGUCGCUCGGAUUCCCACUGGACAGGCCCACCCUCAACUUCCACUACGACGGGCCGAACAUGAUGCUGAAGGACGUCGUUAUCUACCACAAAGACGAGACGGAGAUGAACGUCACUUAUUGAUGGCUCGUUAAGUCUUCUUCCACCUCCGCUCCGAUCAUUUAAUUCGAUGUAACCAUCCGCAACUAAACAUAUGUCUAACAAAAUACAUUUGUCUCUUUUGUGUAUACAAUAGAAUAUUAUUUUUAAAAUAUAAAAUAUAAAUAAAUUCAGAGAAUUAGUCUUUUCCGUGUAUUAAACGAUACUUUUAAGAGAACGUCGUCGAAAGGAUUAAGAAAUAUAAUAAAAUAAAGUAACAGAAAUAGAAA